AUGGAGGAUGCUAUACCAGAGUUUGAUUUCACUGAAUUACUAAGAACCAGGCAAAGACAUGAUGUUAUAGUUCCGGAGCAGCCCAUUGUUGGAACAAAUGCAACAAACGAACAGCCAUCUCCUCGAAAGAAAAAGAAGGACCCACAGAUUCUACAUUUGAUGAAGAAGGUUAGUCUACAAAGUACGCUGCUAUGUGUUGUUAUACCACUUUUCUCUCUCAUGAAGCUUCUCUUUUCAAAGCCAGAGUGUAACGAGCAGAUGCUUAAAUGUCUGGCGGGGUACAUGUUUAUCUCUCAAGUGAGUUUUGUUGCAGGUUAUCAUCGAUUUUUCACGCACAGUUCAUAUCAGUGUCAUUUACUGGUUCAGUCAGUAUUUGCCAUAUUAGGUGGAUCAUGUGGGUUGGGUUCGAUACUGGACUUUGGGAGUGAACAUCUCGCGCACCAUCACUUCAUCGACACUGAAAGAGAUCCCCACGCUUGUACAGUUCAUGGUUGGCUAUUUGCCCAGUGGGGACACAAGCUCUUCCGCGGUAAUCGCAAGUCGACUAGGGCGGUUCAAGAAUGCCGCGAUACAAUGGAAUCGACCGCGAAAGCUACAGCAGUCAAAAGCAAUGGGCACUUCAUCACAGCUCCCAGUUAUGCGUUAUUGAAAUGGCAACAUGAUAACUACGGUGAAAUUUUGAUUUUGACUAUCAUACUUAUACCCUGUCUUUUGAGCAGACUUUGCAAUCUUAACUAUUUCAGCGGUGUUUUUUACUUGGGAUUUGUAAGAAUGUCGCUGAUACAGCAACAGUGGCUAUUAAUCGGCUCUUCGUGUCAUCUGAAGAGAUUUCUUUUCGCUUCACAACCCUUUGACGACUCGAGGUCGGCUGUUAAUUUACCGUUGGGCAUUUUCACUAACUUGGUUACCUUUGGUGAAGCGAAUCAUAAUUUCCACCAUGAAUUUCCUGGCGAUUAUCGGUGUGGUACGAAGUGGUACCAUUGGGAUCCUUCCAAAUGGUUAAUUUCGCUACUUUCGUUCCUUGGGUUCGCCAAAAAGUUGCAUUUUGCUACGGAGGAUCAAAUUGCAAAAUGUUUGAUUCAGCAACAACAAAAACUCUUAGAUGAGGAGCGUUCUAAACUCCAAUGGGGUAUUCCCAUUGAUAAACUUCCAAUGAUGGCUCCUGAGAGAUUUGUUGAGAUGGCACAUCGCGAAUAUAAAGAGCACAGACGAGCUCUUGUAGCCAUCGAGGGCAUAGUACAUGAUGUUACACCUUUCAUAUAUGAUCAUCCUGGUGGAGUGGCGCUUGUUGAAACUAGUAUAGGUAAAGAUGCGACUCAAGCUUUCAAUGGUGCAGUUUAUUUGCACUCACAAGCAGCUAGAAAUUUAUUGUCGACUAUGAGAAUUGCGGUUUUAGGCCGAGGACUUAUGGAGGUCGAAACUACCUUGUGGGAGAAGCAGCUGUUGGAAAGCAAUAACUUUAAGAGUGAUUCCAAGGGUCGGCAGAUCGUGAGAAACAAGCAGCAGGUCACAUUUACGAACAAGAAUCACUAUGCUGCAGGCGCAGCGUAA